UCAAAAUUGAUCAAGCCGUCGCUGCGUACUUCAGACCGCGAGCUCGGUGCACGCGGCACUUGGCGAUACUUGACAGCCAGCGCGCGCUUUCUCGCUUGCUCUCUUCUUCGCGCAGCUCCAACUCCAGCUGUUUGUCUAUCUACCUUCAGUCCGAGUGCGAGCGAUGUUCCCACCCCGGAAAAAAACACGGGAGGGACGCUGAAGGAGAGGAGGACGGACAGGGGAUGAGAAGACCAGCCAAAGAGGAGAGCCGCUGUCGCAGAGGAACAGGAGGAGGAGGAGAGAGGGAAGCAGACACAUCUGCGGCGACUUGGGGGAUUCGGCUUAGUGAGAGGGGGGAUACGCAACAUUCUUAUGAUGCCAGCAUUUCUAGCCCGGGUAAGCGGAAUAAAUAAUUUGCCGUGGGACUGCCAUAUUGUCAAUUUCUUUGCAUCUUAGUUAUUUUUUUAAAAAGCGCCUGCUUUAUAAAUAGACGCUUAAAAACCGGAUGCUAGGAAGAUUUUUGUAAUUCUCUGUAGAUAUCCACCACAGAGAGCUUUUAUCACCUUUGGGAGCAAAGUGGAUUGACUGAAGGGGGAGAGGAGGACUGUUUUUAAAAGGAGAUACCGCCACCUUCUCCUCCUUACAUAAAUGUUUGCGUGCCAUUAGAGCGCUCCUGCUUUUCUCCACAACAGACGCGCGUUUCACGCACACUGAAAAGACGUGGACAUUGUCAGUCACACAUGCGGUCCUAAUAACACGGACGGACCUCACCCCCUCUCACCUACCCAGCCCCUCUCCUCACCCCACUGUCUGAUGACUCCCCCGCGCACAGGUGGACGUGGUACGGAGCCUACUGUAGCAUCAUCUUCUUCAACACCACCAUCAUCACCAACACCACCAUCCUCCUCCUCCUCAACACCACCAUGUCCUCGUCGUCGCGCAAGAUCUCAUCCGAGUCAUUUAGCAGCUCAGUGGGCUCGGACUGCGGGCUUGAAAGCCCCGGAGGAGACGGAGGGGAUGGCGCUUUGGAGCCGGCCGACGAGAGCCGGGGUUGCCCGUUUUCCUCCUUCCCAUCGUCCCACAGAGCGCUGCUCUGGAACGGCCGCAGCCCCGCUGAGAGGUCGGCGUGCCCGGCGGGCGAGGAGCAGCAGGGACCCUGUGUACCCCACAAGAGGGCUACCAGGCGGCGGAGGGUGAACCUGGACUCGCUGGGGGAGAGCCUGAAACGACUCACUUCACCGACGACACAGACUGUUCAAGAGGCUCUUCAACGAACUCUGCAGUUCUACAGACAACAAGAAAUGAGGUGCCAGGAUGUUGGGGGUAGUGAAAGGCAGCGUGAAAAGAAAGAGGAGAAGUGCCCAUUUCUUGAAAACUCUGGCUCAGAGGAAGAUGUCCUACAGAUUCUGCAGUACAUGGCCACAAUAUUGGGAGUUCCGUUCUGCGAACUGCGAGAGCAUUUUGGCGAAGAGUUCUUUGGCCUUUGCUUCGAAGAGAAUGAGCGAGUACUGCGGGCUGUAGGCGGCAACCUUCAGGAUUUCUUCAAUGGUUUUGACGCCAUUUUAGAACACAUUCGCACCUCCACAGGGCGCCGAGCCUCCUCCGAGAGCCCUUCCUUUCAGUGCAAGGAUCCCCGCGAAGAGGAGAAAGGUAGAGGGAAAUUGGAGAAACUUGGAAACCGUGGCAGCAGAGACGGAAGAGGGAAAGUGUUGUUUCUUCAUUGCUUUAACCCUGCACCUGUUGUGGGAUUAGUUAUGCCAGGUUUGAUUAGAGCUGUCGCCAGGCGGAUCUUUCAUUCAGAGGUUGAAGUGGAAGAGGUGCCACCUCUAACUCCUCUAUUGCCAAAUGAAGAACAUACAGAUUGUGAUUCUACAACACCCACUCCCACUGCGUCCCCCACUGCCUCACCCUCCUCAUCUCCGUCCCCUCCAUCUCUUUUUCCAACCUUCGUCCCCACAGUUUGUCUAUCCUUCUUACUCCAAGAGACUUGCCCUUCUCCUCUCUCUUCCAUCCCAAAUUCAGCAUCUGUGAGCACUAACCGUCCCCCACUCCAGCUAUCAACUAACCCCAGUGAUCUUCGCAUCUCCCUGGCUACGUUUUGCCGUGCCUUCCCGUUUCACCUGGUCCUGGGGCAUAGGAUGGAACUCCUGCAGCUUGGAGAAGGACUUAGGAAACAGGCUCGUAUUGAGCCUCACCGGAUCCUUUCAUUUAGGGACUGUUUUGAGAUUGUCUCACCCAAGAUGGAUCCCUCUUUCCAGGGCAUACUGCUGAGACUCGCAUCCCCAUUUACUAUCCGCACUAAGCCCGAUCCCAUGCAGGCUGGCACCAAGGAGAAGGUUAUGGAGUUAAAAGGUCAGAUGAUCCAUGUCCCUGAGUCCUGCUCCUUGAUGUUUCUGGGCUCGCCGCGUGUUGAUAAGCUAGAGGAGCUGAUGGGCAGAGGUCUCCAUCUGUCAGACAUCCCCAUCCAUGAUGCCACACGAGAUGUUAUCCUGGUAGGGGAGCAAGCCAAGGCCCAGGAUGGCCUAAAAAAGAGAAUGGACAAACUAAAGGCCACCUUAGAGAGGACACACCAGGCUCUGGAGGAAGAAAAACGAAGGACCGUGGAUCUCCUGUAUUCCAUAUUUCCGGGUGAUGUGGCGCAGAAGCUGUGGCAGGGCCACCAUGUGCCAGCGCGUAAAUUCGAUGAUGUCACCAUGCUGUUCUCGGACAUCGUGGGUUUUACAGCCGUGUGUGCCCACUGCACACCUAUGCAGGUUAUCUCAAUGUUGAACGAGCUUUACACGCGCUUCGACUACCAGUGUGGCAUUCUGGAUGUUUACAAGAUUGAGACAAUAGGUGAUGCCUACUGUGUGGCCGGUGGACUUCAUAAGAAGGUUGAAAGCCAUGCAAAACCAAUUGCACUCAUGGCUCUAAAAAUGAUAGAGCUUUCUGAGGAAGUACUAACGCCUGAUGGGAAGCCUAUCAAGUUAAGAAUAGGUAUCCACACAGGUUCGGUUCUGGCAGGCGUGGUUGGGGUUAAAAUGCCGCGAUACUGCCUGUUUGGGAACAACGUCACUCUAGCCAGCAAGUUUGAAUCAGGAAGCCAUCCAAGGUGCAUCAAUGUUAGUCCAACAACCUACCAGUUGUUGAAAGAUGACCGCUCCUUUUCGUUCAUCCCCCGUUCUCGGCUGGAGCUCCCAGAGAAUUUUCCCAAAGAGAUCCCAGGGACGUGUUACUUCCUGGAGGCAGGGACUUCGCACAGCCACGCCUCACUUACCAGCUCUCGCUCGGCUCCUCCGGCCUCUAUGAGGAAGGUUUCCUACAGCAUUGGGACAAUGUUUCUAAGAGAAACCAGUUUGUAGAAUCAUACACAGAUGUUUAAAAUGUAAGCAACUGGAUUUGAAUCACAUGAACAUACAGGAAACCAGUCAUGCAGAUCUGUGGUUAUGCAAAUGCACUAUGUAAAAAGUGGAAUUUACAGCUGAUUGGUGAAAUAUGCUUUCAUCAUAGAUGAAAGAGAACAACUGUCCCCAUCUCUUCCCUGAGCAGUGGAGAUAUUCUUCAAAUGACUUAAGGGACAGCAGCUGCAGUAGUCCUUUAUCUAUCCUCCAAGAGGUGGACUGAUAUAAGCAAAUUGUGGAAAAACCUUUGGACAAAAACUCUGUUCUAGCUGGAUGUCUCGGCUGCAGAACUGGUGUCUGGCUCUUUGCGGCGGUUCACAUUCAGACAACACCCAGACCCUUGUCCACAUUAAACAGAACUGAGCUAAAACUCACAGCGAUCACACUCAUGACCACUGUUGCCCUCAUUAGCCAUUUGCAAACAGAACAAAACCCCUUUUCAUUUAUAAGGUGGGUGCUGAAGAAUGAAUUUUGUAUGACUUGCUGUCCAUCAUGCCCUCAUGUGCGACAAAGACCUGUAAUGGAAAACGAUACAACUCUCCGUUUCCUUCAUGUUCAUCUGUCUGUAAGUCAUGUUAUGCUUUACUAAACGUAAGAGCUGCUCCUCCAAACUGUUGACAGGCGGCCAGCUGGCUGGGAUUUGUCAAGGAAACAACAAGAGGAUUUGCUUUGAAAAGGUAAACGUUGGAAGACGAAUGCAAACUAGAGUCAUACUAAUCCAAACUUAUAGCCCUGAUUGUUUUGGAUCCUCAGCAAACUAUAGCAGACAAUGUUGUAAUAAUGGAGAUAAACAGAAUGCUAAUAACACAGAAAUGUAGAUGUCUCACAGCAACUACGCUUUGAUUUUUUUUUUUAUACCUGUGAUUAUUUGUUUUUAGUGUAUUACAUGCUUUAGCCUCUUUUUAAUAAGAUAAGCUGUUGUCAGCAUUUACCAGCUCGUGCUUACUUGCAUUCAACUAAUCAGCAUUUUUAGCUACAUGUAGCAUUGUCUGAAAAGCUUUGCUUUUAGGAUGGACCUUCCCAGAUUGGUCUGCAUCUUGUUUAGGUGACAUCAAUGCUAACAGGUAUUUGUGUGCAGGUAUGUCCCUUUUCAUGUCUGCAGGAAUAACAUUGUUGUGUGUUUUAGUUUGUAGAACUGACAGGAGGAAUCAGACACAGUUCACAGUUCCUCAGUCCAGAUAUGAAAGAACGUUGAAUCAAAGGUUUUACUGAACAUACAGCCAACUUAAAGAUGUACUUUUUUUUCUAACUGCAGUGUUUAUAAAAAUUAAUGAAAAAAAUCCUGCAUUUGUUUUACCCUGUGAAAAUUUAACCAAGAUACAAAAGCCCAAAAUGAUUCAUGCCCCUCACAGAUUUAGACUUAAUUUUUAUGACCUCCUAGUCUUUCAAGUUGAAAGGUCACCUUGCCAUCGUUCUGGUCAUUCGCUCAUUAGCUCCCUUCAAUGAUUUAUUUAUUUUUUUCAUUAGAUUCAACUCUGGACAGUAGCGGGACCACACCAAAAAUGUUAACACUACUGUGAGUCAGGAAAAGAAGUUGCUGGUAAUUCAAAGAUUACUUUGCACUUAAAUCUGUGGAGCUAUGAAUGCAUUUUGGGAAUAACUGUAAAUAAAAUUCAAGUUGACUUGUUUGCUGGCAAACUGAGUUCAACUUGCUGAGUUAAUAACCCGGGCUGUGCUACACAAAUCCAAACAUGAUCAUUAAAAAUUGGUCAUCAUAAAGUGGAAAUAUUGGUUUUGGAUAGUUUGGCUUUAGAGUAUUUUACUGGAGACUUUACAGAUUUGUGUUGUGUUCUAAAUUAACAUUUAUUUAAUUGCUAUUUUUCACGACCUGUGAAAUUCAGCCCAGAUGUUACAAAUUGAAAAGUUGGUUGAAGAGGAAGACCUUUUCAUUGUAAUAAGACUUACUCAAACAUUCCCAUCACAGCUGUUUUAAACACACUACUUGUUCAUAACAAGUUCAGAAAUGACAGUGGUUACAUAGGUUUAAAUAAGGCAUUCCUCUGUGCUUGCUUACAUCGUAGUUUAAAAUAAACUUUGAGUUUUUUUCUCUGAAAGUCAUUUCUAUAACCAUAAUCCUUCAUACAUGCUUUGAAAGAAAAAUAAACUUGCAAAAUUAUGUAGCAGGACUUGAAAUAACAAACUAAAUGUGCCAGUUUGUUUCAAAGAUGCCACCAGCACAGGUUAGACAUGAUUUCUAAGUAACAGCGUGGUUUCUGUGUGUCAUUCUGGAAGAUCGUUAGCUAAUUGUAGGAGCCUGAAACACAUGCCAUAUGAAAAAUCACUUACUGUAUGUUGGAUGCAAAAAAAUACCAAUGUUAAUAUGCUCCUUUUUCACAAGUAAUGUAAAGGAAAGUGACACCAGCUUAAAAAUGCAAUACUUUUUAUUGGAAGAGAAGAAAUAAUGAAUAACAAAAGUGUCUGCUUUUAACAUACCUGAGCGGUGAAUUAUGUCAUUGUCAGUGAUGCAUACAUAACGUCAUAAAUAAAUAGAUGAAUACAGAUUUAUUAAAGAGAUGGUAAAAAAAAAUUAUACUAUUAAUAAAACUAAACAGAGA